AUGACAACCGCCUUAACUUACUAUGGUAAACCAUACAUACACAUAUAUCAAGGAAACAAACCAAAUCAAUUAAUAAUCAAUAUACGACAUCCUUGUACCAAUGAAACGCGCACUGAGAUUCACCAAACUUGUACCACACCUAAGCCAAAACAGGAUGAAUGCCAUGAAGAUUCUGGUGGUCAAAAAGGAGGCGGCGACACUACAGAAGAAUCAUAUACAACUGCAAGAAAAGUAACAUUUGGACCUUUCACUACAGACGAACAAAGUUUAAAUAUUUCAACUGAAAUGUCCUCAACAUAUUCAACUUUAUUGCCAGGAACUCAAAUUACAGAUUCAGAGACCGUUGACGAAAAUACCACUUUCCCAUCUGAAGCCCUUCUGAGUACAAUUUUCCCAACAGAAACUACUACUUCACCAGAACAAGACUGUAAAAAUUCAGGUAAAUGUGACAAAUCUUCAGAGAGUAAGGAGCACGAGUGCGAGCCAUCGGGAAGCUGCAAUAUAUUCCCAGACAGUAAAGAAAUAAAUUGCAAUGAUUCCAGCAGUUGUAACUCAUCAUCUGAGAGUGAAGAAAAAGAUUGUACAAAUUCAAAAAAUUGUAACUCAUCAUCAGAGAGUAAUGAAAAAAAUUGUACAAAUUCAAAAAGUUGUGAUUCAUCAUCAGAGAGUGAAGAAAACGAUUGUAGCUCCUCAGAGAGUUGCGACUCUUCCGCAGAAAGUAACGAAAGCGAUUGUGAAAAAUCCAAAUCAUGUGAUACGUCUAUAAACAGCAAAGAAAAAGAAUGUGAUUCCCAAUCAGGAAGUGAAGAAAUCAAUUGUCAUUACAACUCAACAGUUAAAACAACAACAGCCGCCUCAAUUUCGACAAAAGAAUCCACAGUUCUAUCAUCGUCAACCGAACAUGAUACAAUUUCAUUGUCACCAGAUUCUCAUAUCAGCACAACAAUCACUGAUGUUCGAGAUACUACUCAUUCCGAAAUAUCAACGACAAUGGACUCUACAAAACCGUGGUCAACAACAGAGCAUGAAACAACAACAUUGGCAACAGAUACUUCAGCCAAAACCACAAGCUCCACAGAUUUGUGGUCAACAACGGUUCAGGACAUAACAUCAUUGUCAACAGAUACUCCUGUCAGCAUCACAAGCCCUGGUGAUGAUGAAAGUACUCGGUCAGAAAUAUCUACGACAAAAGACUCUACAGAUUUGUGGUCAACAACGGAUCAUGACAUAACAUCAAUGUCAACAGAUACUCCUCUCAUUACCACAAGUCGUGGUGAUGGAGAAAGUACUCAGUCCGAAAUCUCUACGACAGAGGACCCUACAGAUUUGUGGUCCACAACGGAUCAUGACAUAACAUCAAUGUCAACAGAUACUCCUGUUAGUACCACAAGUCCUGGCGAUGGAGAAAGUACUCUGUCCGUAAUAUCUACGACAAAGGACUCUACAGAUUUGUGGUCCACAACGGAUCAUGACAUAACACCAUUCUCAACGUAUACUCCUCCUAGUGUCACAAGUCCUGGUGAUGGAGAAAGUACUCAGUCCGAAAUAUCUACGACAAAGGACUCUACAGAUUUGUGGUCCACAACGGAUCAUGACAUAACAUCAUUGUCAACAGAUACUCCUCUCAGCACCACAAGUCCUGGUGAUGGUGAAAGUACUCAGUCCGAAUUAUCUACGACAAAGGAUUCUACCGAUCGGUGGUCUACAACGGAUCAUGACAUAACAUCAUUGUCAACAGAUACUCCUCUCAGCACCACAGGUCAUGGUGAUGGAGAAAGUACUCAGUCCGAAAUACCUACGACAAAGGACACUACAGAUUUGUGGUCAACAACGGAUCAUGACAUAACAUCACUGUCAACAGACACUCCUGUCAGCACCACAAGUCCCGGUGAUGGAGAAAGCACUCAGUCCGAGGCAUCUACGACAAAGGACUCUACCGAUCUGUGGUCCACAACUGACCACGAUAUAACAUCAUUGCCAACAGAUACUCCUGUCAGCACCACAAUCCCCGGUGAUGGAGAAAGUACUCAGUCCGAAAUAUCUACGACAAAGUACACUACAGAUUUGUGGUCAACAACGGAUCAUGACAUACCAUCACUGUCAACAGAUACUCCUGUCAGCACCACAACUCCUGGUGAUGGAGAAAGUACUCUGUCCGAAAUAUCUACGACAAAGGACUCUACAGAUUUGUGGUCCACAACGGAUCAUGACAUAACAUCAUUGUCAACAGAUAAUCCUGUUAGUACCACAAGUCCUGGUGAUGGAGAAAGUACUCAGUCCGAAAUGUCUACGACAAAGGACUCUACAUUUUUGUGGUCAACAACGAAUCAUGACAUAACAUCACUGUCAACAGAUGCUCCUCUCAGUACCACAAGCCCUGUUGAUGGAGAAAGUACAAAGUCCGAAAUAUCUACGACAAUGGACUCUACAGAUUUGUGGUCAACAACAGAUCAUGACAUAACAUCAUUGUCAACAGAUACUCCUCUCAGCACCACAAGUCCUGCCGAUGGAGAAAGUACUCUGUCCGAAAUAUCUACGACAAAGGACUCUACCGAUCUGUGGUCCACAACGGAUCAUGACAUAACAUCAUUGUCAACAGAUACUCCUCUCAGCACCACAGGUCAUGGUGAUGGAGAAAGUACUCAGUCCGAAAUACCUACGACAAAGGACACUACAGAUUUGUGGUCAACAACGGAUCGUGACAUAACAUCACUGACAACAGAUACUCCUGUCAGCACCACAACUCCUGGUGAUGGAGAAAGUACUCAGUUCGAAUUAUCUACGACAAAGGACUCUACAGAUUUGUGGUCCACAACGGAUCAUGACAUAACAUCAUUGUCAACAGAUACUCCUCUCAACACCACAAGUCCUGGUGAUGGAGAAAGUACUCAGUUCGAAUUAUCUACGACAAAGGACUCUAUAGAUUUGUGGUCAACAACGGAUCAUGACAUCACAUCAUUGUCGACAGAUAAUCCUGUUAGUACCACAAAUCCUGGUGAUGGAGAAAGUACUCAGUCCGAAAUACCUACGACAAAGGACACUACAGAUUUGUGGUCAACAACGGAUCAUGCCAUAACAUCAUUGUCAACAGAUACUCCUCUCAGCACCACAGGUCAUGGUGAUGGAGAAAGUACUCAGUUCGAAUUAUCUACGACAAAGGACUCUACAGAUUUGUGGUCGACAACGGAUCAUGACAUAACAUCAUUGUCAACAGAUACUCCUCUCAGCACCACAAGUCCUGGUGAUGGAGAAAGUACUCUGUCCGAAAUAUCUACGACAAAGGACUCUACAGAUUUGUGGUCCACAAAGGAUCAUGACAUUACAUCAUUGUCGACAGAUAAUCCUGUUAGUACCACAAGCCCUGGUGAUGGAGAAAGUAUCCAGUCCGAAAUAUCUACGACAAAGGACUCUACAGAUUUAUGGUCCACAACGGAUCAUGUCAUAACAUCAUUGUCGACAGAUAAUCCUGUUAGUACCACAAGCCCUGGUGAUGGAGAAAGUACUCAGACCGAAAUAUCUACGACAAAGGACUCUACAGAUUUGUGGUCCACAACGGAUUAUGACAUAACAUCAUUGUCAACAGAUAAUCCUCCUAGUACCACAAGUCCUGAUGAUGGAGAAAGUACUCAGUCCGAAAUAUCUACGACAAAGUACUCUACAGAUUUGUGGUCAACAACGGAUCAUGACAUAACAUCAUUGUCGACAGAUACUCCUCUCAUUACCACAAGUCCUAGUGAUGGAGAAAGUACUCAGUCCGAAAUAUCUACGACAAAGGACCCUACAGAUUUGUGGUCCACAACGGAUCAUGACAUAACAUCAAUGUCAACAGAUACUCCUGUCAGUACAACAACUCCUGGUGAUGGACAAAGUACUCAGUCCGAAAUAUCUACGACAAAGGACGCUACAUAUUUGUGGUCAACAACGGAUCAUAUCAUUACAUCAUUGUCAACAGAUACUCCUCUCAGCACCACAGGUCAUGGUGAUGGAGAAAGUACUCAGUCCGAAAUACCUACGACAAAGGACACUACAGAUUUGUGGUCAACAACGGAUCAUGACAUAACAUCACUGUCAACAGACACUCCUGUCAGCACCACAAGUCCUGGUGAUGGAGAAAGCACUCAGUCCGAGGCAUCUACGACAAAGGACUCUACCGAUCUGUGGUCCACAACUGACCACGAUAUAACAUCAUUGCCAACAGAUACUCCUGUCAGCACCACAAUCCCCGGUGAUGGAGAAAGUACUCAGUCCGAAAUAUCUACGACGAAGGACACUACAGAUUUGUGGUCAACAACGGAUCAUGACAUAACAUCACUGUCAACAGAUACUCCUGUCAGCACCACAACUCCUGGUGAUGGAGAAAGUACUCAGUCCGAAAUAUCUACGACAAAGGACACUACAGAUUUGUGGUCAACAACGGAUCAUGACAUAACAUCAUUGUCAACAGAUACUCCUGUCAGCACCACAACUCCUGGUGAUGGAGAAAGUACUCAGUCCGAGGCAUCUACGACAAAGGACUCUAGCGAUCUGUGGUCCACAACUGACCACGAUAUAACAUCAUUGCCAACAGAUACUCCUGUCAGCACCACAAUCCCCGGUGAUGGUGAAAGUACUCAGUCCGAAAUAUCUGCGACAAAGGACUCUACAGAUUUGUGGUCAACAACAGAUCAUGACAUUACAUCAUUGUCAACAAAUACUCCUCUCAGAACCACAAGUCCUGGUGAUGGAGAAAGUACUCAGUCCGAAAUAUCUACGACAAAGGACUCUACAGAUUUGUGGUCAACAACGGAUCAUGACAUAACAUCAUUGUCAACAGAUACUCCUCUCAGUACAACAAUUCCUGGUGAUGGAGAAAGUACUCAGUCCGAAAUAUCUACGACAAAAGACUCUACAGAUUUGUGGUCAACAACGGAUCAUGACAUAACAUCAUUGUCAACAGAUAAUCCUCUCAGUACCACAAGUCCUGGUGAUGAAGAAAGUACUCGGUCAGAAAUAUCUACGACAAAAGACUCUACAGAUUUGUGGUCAACAACGGAUCAUGACAUAACAUCAAUGUCAGCAGAUACUCCUCUCAUUACCACAAGUCGUGGUGAUGGAGAAAGUACUCAGUCCGAAAUCUCUGCGACAAAGGACCCUACAGAUUUGUGGUCCACAACGGAUCAUGACAUAACAUCAAUGUCAACAGAUACUCCUGUCAGUACAACAACUCCUGGUGAUGGACAAAGUACUCAGUCCGAAAUAUCUACGACAAAGGACUUUACAGAUUUGUGGUCAACAACGGAUCAUGACAUUACAUCAUUGUCAACAGAUAAUCCUCUCAGUACCACAAGUCCUGGUGAUGAAGAAAGUACUCGGUCAGAAAUAUCUACGACAAAGGACUCUACAGAUUUGUGGUCCACAAAGGAUCAUGACAUUACAUCAUUGUCAACAGAUACUCCUGUUAGUACCACAAGUACUGGUGAUGGAGAAAGUACUCAGUCCGAAAUAUCUACGACAAAGGACUCUACAGAUUUGUGGUCCACAAAGGAUCAUGACAUUACAUCAUUGUCAACAGAUAAUUCUGUUAGUACCACAAGUACUGGUGAUGGAGAAAGUACUCAGUCCGAAAUAUCUACGACAAAGGACUCUACAGAUUUGUGGUCGACAACGGAUCAUGACAUAACAUCAUUGUCAACAGAUACUCCUCUCAGCACCACAAGUCCUGGUGAUGGAGAAAGUACUCUGUCCGAAAUAUCUACGACAAAGGACUCUACAGAUUUGUGGUCCACAAAGGAUCAUGACAUUACAUCAUUGUCAACAGAUACUCCUGCUAGUACCACAAGUCCUGGUGAUGGAGAGAGUACUCAGUCCGAAAUAUCUACAACAAAGGACUCUAUUGACAUAACAUCAUUGUCGACAGAUAAUCCUGUUAGUACCACAAGCCCUGGUGAUGGAGAAAGUACCCAGUCCGAAAUAUCUACGACAAAGGACUCUACAGAUUUAUGGUCCACAACGGAUCAUGUCAUAACAUCAUUGUCGACAGAUAAUCCUGUUAGUACCACAAGCCCUGGUGAUGGAGAAAGUACUCAGACCGAAAUAUCUACCACAAAGGACUCUACAGAUUUGUGGUCCACAACCGAUUAUGACAUAACAUCAUUGUCAACAGAUACUCCUCCUAGUACCACAAGUCCUGGUGAUGGAGAAAGUACUCAGUCCGAAAUAUCUACGACAAAGUACUCUACAGAUUUGUGGUCAACAACGGAUCAUGUCAUAACAUCAUUGUCGACAGAUACUCCUCUCAUUACCACAAGUCCUAGUGAUGGAGAAAGUACUCAGUCCGAAAUAUCUACGACAAAGGACCCUACAGAUUUGUGGUCCACAACGGAUCAUGACAUAACAUCAAUGUCAACAGAUACUCCUGUCAGUACAACAAUUCCUGGUGAUGGACAAAGUACUCAGUCCGAAAUAUCUACGACAAAGGACUCUACAUAUUUGUGGUCAACAACGGAUCAUAUCAUUACAUCAUUGUCAACAUAUAAUCCUGUUAGUACCACAAGCCAUGGUGAUGGAGAAAGUACUCAGUCCGAAAUAUCUACGACAAAGGACUCUACAGAUUUGUGGUCAACAACGGAUCAUGACAUAACACCAUUGUCAACGGAUACUCCUCCUAGUAUCACAAGUCCUGGUGAUGGAGAAAGUACUCAGUCCGAAAUAUCUACGACAAAGGACUCUACAGAUUUGUGGUCCACAACGGAUCAUGACAUAACAUCAUUGUCAACAGAUAAUCCUGUUAGUACCACAAGUCCUGGUGAUGGAGAAAGUACUCAGUCCGAAAUAUCUACGACAAAGGACUCUACAGAUUUGUGGUCCACAACGGAUCAUGACAUAACAUCAUUGUCAACAGAUACUCCUCUCAGCACCACAAGUCCUGGUGAUGGUGAAAGUACUCAGUCCGAAAUAUCUACGACAAAGGAUUCUACCGAUCGGUGGUCCACAACGGAUCAUGACAUAACAUCAUUGUCAACAGAUACUCCUCUCAGCACCACAGGUCAUGGUGAUGGAGAAAGUACUCAGUCCGAAAUACCUACGACAAAGGACACUACAGAUUUGUGGUCAACAACGGAUCAUGACAUAACAUCACUGUCAACAGACACUCCUGUCAGCACCACAAGUCCUGGUGAUGGAGAAAGCACUCAGUCCGAGGCAUCUACGACAAAGGACUCUACCGAUCUGUGGUCCACAACUGACCACGAUAUAACAUCAUUGCCAACAGAUACUCCUGUCAGCACCACAAUCCCCGGUGACAUAACAUCAGUGUCGACAGAUAAUCCUGUUAGUACCACAAGCCCUGGUGAUGGAGAAAGUACUCAGUCCGAAAUAUCUACGACAAAGGACUCUACAGAUUUGUGGUCCACAACGGAUCAUGACAUAACAUCAUUGCCAACAGAUACUCCUCUCAGGACCACAAGUCUUGGUGAUGCAGAAAGUACUCAAAUAUCUACGACAAAGGACUCUGCAGAUUUGUGGUCCACAACGGAUCAUGACAUAACAUCAUUGUCGACAGAUACUCCUCUCAUUACCACAAGUCCUGGUGAUGGAGAAAGUACUCAGUCCGAAAUAUCUACGACAAAGGACUCUACAGAUUUGUGGUCCACAACGGAUCAUGACAUUACAUCAUUGUCAACAGAUACGCCUCCUAGUACCGCAAGUCCUGGUGAUGGAGAAAGUACUCAGUCCGAAAUAUCUACGACAAAGGACUCUACAGAUUUGUGGUCCACAACGGAUUAUGACAUAACAUCAGUGUCGACAGAUAAUCCUGUUAGUACCACAAGCCCUGGUGAUGGAGAAAGUACUCAGUCCGAAAUAUCUACGACAAAGGACUCUACAGAUUUGUGGUCCACAACGGAUCAUGACAUAACAUCAUUGUCAACAGAUACUCCUCUCAUUACCACAAGUCGUGGUGAUGGAGAAAGUACUCAGUCCGAAAUCUCUGCGACAAAGGACCCUACAGAUUUGUGGUCCACAACGGAUCAUGACAUAACAUCAAUGUCAACAGAUACUCCUCUCAGCACCACAAGUCCUGGUGAUGGUGAAAGUACUCAGUCCGAAAUAUCUACGACAAAGGAUUCUACCGAUCGGUGGUCCACAACGGAUCAUGACAUAACAUCAUUGUCAACAGAUAAUCCUGUUAGUACCACAAGUCCUGGUGAUGGAGAAAGUACUCAGUCCGAAAUAUCUACGACAAAGGACUUUACAGAUUUGUGGUCCACAACGGAUCAUGACAUAACAUCAUUGUCAACAGAUACUCCUCUCAGCACCACAAGUCCUGGUGAUGGUGAAAGUACUCAGUCCGAAAUAUCUACGACAAAGGAUUCUACAGAUUUGUGGUCCACAACGGAUCAUGACAUAACAUCAUUGUCAACAGAUAAUCCUGUUAGUACCACAAGUCCUGGUGAUGGAGAAAGUACUCAGUCCGAAAUAUCUACGACAAAGGACUCUACAGAUUUGUGGUCCACAACGGAUCAUGACAUAACAUCAUUGUCAACAGAUACUCCUCUCAGCACCACAAGUCCUGGUGAUGGUGAAAGUACUCAGUCCGAAAUAUCUACGACAAAGGAUUCUACCGAUCGGUGGUCCACAACGGAUCAUGACAUAACAUCAUUGUCAACAGAUACUCCUCUCAGCACCACAGGUCAUGGUGAUGGAGAAAGUACUCAGUCCGAAAUACCUACGACAAAGGACACUACAGAUUUGUGGUCAACAACGGAUCAUGACAUAACAUCACUGUCAACAGACACUCCUGUCAGCACCACAAGUUCUGGUGAUGGAGAAAGCACUCAGUCCGAGGCAUCUACGACAAAGGACUCUACCGAUCUGUGGUCCACAACUGACCACGAUAUAAAAUCAUUGCCAACAGAUACUCCUGUCAGCACCACAAUCCCCGGUGAUGGAGAAAGUACUCAGUCCGAAAUAUCUACGACAAAGGACACUACAGAUUUGUGGUCAACAACGGAUCAUGACAUAACAUCACUGUCAACAGAUACUCCUAUCAGCACCACAACUCCUGGUGAUGGAGAAAGUACUCAGUCCGAAAUAUCUACGACAAAGGACUCUACAGAUUUGUGGUCCACAACGGAUCAUGACAUAACACCAUUGUCAACAGAUAAUCCUGUUAGUACCACAACUCCUGGUGAUGGAGAAAGUACUCAGUCCGAAAUAUCUACGACAAAGGACUCUACAUUUUUGUGGUCAACAACGAAUCAUGACAUAACAUCACUGUCAACAGAUGCUCCUCUCAGUACCACAAGCCCUGUUGAUGGAGAAAGUACAAAGUCCGAAAUAUCUACGACAAUGGACUCUACAGAUUUGUGGUCAACAACAGAUCAUGACAUAACAUUAUUGUCAACAGAUACUCCUCUCAGCACCACAAGUCCUGCCGAUGGAGAAAGUACUCUGUCCGAAAUAUCUACGACAAAGGACUCUACCGAUCUGUGGUCCACAACGGAUCAUGACAUAACAUCAUUGUCAACAGAUACUCCUCUCAGCACCACAGGUCAUGGUGAUGGAGAAAGUACUCAGUCCGAAAUACCUACGACAAAGGAGACUACAGAUUUGUGGUCAACAACGGAUCAUGACAUAACAUCACUGUCAACAGAUACUCCUGUCAGCACCACAACUCCUGGUGAUGGAGAAAGUACUCAGUUCGAAUUAUCUACGACAAAGGACUCUACAGAUUUGUGGUCCACAACGGAUCAUGACAUAACAUCAUUGUCGACAGAUAAUCUUGUUAGUACCACAAGUCCUGGUGAUGAAGAAAGUACUCAGCCCGAAAUAUCUACGACAAUGGACUCUACAGAUUUGUGGUCAACAACAGAUCAUGACAUAAUAUCAUUUCCAACAGAUACUCCUGUCAGCACCACAAUUCCCGGUGAUGGAGCAACUACUCAGUCCGAAAUAUUUACGACAAAGGACUCUACAGAUUUGUGGUCCACAACGGUUCAUGACAUAACAUCAUUGUCAACAGAUACUCCUCUCAACACCACAAGUCCUGGUGAUGGAGAAAGUACUCAGUUCGAAUUAUCUACGACAAAGGACUCUAUAGAUUUGUGGUCAACAACGGAUCAUGACAUAACAUCAUUGUCGACAGAUAAUCCUGUUAGUACCACAAAUCCUGGUGAUGGAGAAAGUACUAAGUCCGAAAUACCUACGACAAAGGACACUACAGAUUUGUGGUCAACAACGGAUCAUGCCAUAACAUCAUUGUCAACAGAUACUCCUCUCAGCACCACAGGUCAUGGUGAUGGAGAAAGUACUCAGUUCGAAUUAUCUACGACAAAGGACUCUAAAGAUUUGUGGUCCACAAAGCAUCAUGACAUAACAUCAUUGUCAACAGAUACUCCUCUCAGCACCACAAGUCCUGGUGAUGGAGAAAGUACUCUGUCCGAAAUAUCUACGACAAAGGACUCUACAGAUUUGUGGUCCACAAAGGAUCAUGACAUUACAUCAUUGUCAACAGAUACUCCUCCUAGUACCACAAGUCCUGGUGAUGGAGAAAGUACUCAGUCCGAAAUAUCUACGACAAAGGACUCUAUUGACAUAACAUCAUUGUCGACAGAUAAUCCUGUUAGUACCACAAGCCUUGGUGAUGGAGAAAGUACCCAGUCCGAAAUAUCUACGACAAAGGACUCUACAGAUUUAUGGUCCACAACGGAUCAUGUCAUAACAUCAUUGUCGACAGAUAAUCCUGUUAGUACCACAAGCCCUGGUGAUGGAGAAAGUACUCAGACCGAAAUAUCUACGAUAAAGGACUCUACAGAUUUGUGGUCCACAACGGAUUAUGACAUAACAUCAUUGUCAACAGAUACUCCUCCUAGUACCACAAGUCCUGGUGAUGGAGAAAGUACUCAGUCCGAAAUAUCUACGACAAAGGACACUACAGAUUUGUGGUCAACAACGGAUCAUGACAUAACAUCAUUGUCAACAGAUACUCCUGUCAGCACCACAACUCCUGGUGAUGGAGAAAGUACUCAGUCCGAGGCAUCUACGACAAAGGACUCUAGCGAUCUGUGGUCCACAACUGACCACGAUAUAACAUCAUUGUCAACAGAUACUCCUCCUAGUACCACAAGUCCUGGUGAUGAAGAAAGUACUCAGACCGAAAUAUCUACGACAAAGGACUCUACAGAUUUGUGGUCCACAACGGAUCAUGACAUAACAUCAUUGUCAACAGAUACUCCUCCUAGUAUCACAAGUCCUGGUGAUGGAGAAAGUACUCAGUCCGAGAUAUCUACGACAAAGGACUCUACAGAUUUGUGGUCCACAACGGAUCAUGACAUAACAUCAUUGUCGACAGAUACUCCUCUCAUUACCACAAGUCCUGGUGAUGGAGAAAGUACUCAGUCCGAAAUAUCUACGACAAAGGACUCUACUGAUUUGUGGUCAACUACGGAUCAUGACAUAACAUCAUUGCCAACAGAUACUCCUCUCAGGACCACAAGUCUUGGUGAUGGAGAAAGUACUCAAAUAUCUACGACAAAGGACUCUACAGAUUUGUGGUCAACAACGGAUCAUGACAUUACAUCAUUGUCAACAGAUACUGCUCCUAGUACCACAAGUCCUGGUGAUGGAGAAAGUACUCAGCCCGAAAUAUCUACGACAAAGGACUCUACGAAUUUGUGGUCCACAACGGAUCAUGACACAACAUUGUCAACAGAUAGUCCUCUCAGCACCACAAGUUUUGGUGAUGGAGAAAGUACUCAGUCCGAAAUAUCUACGACUACGGAUUUGUGGUUGACAUCGAAGCAUGAAACGACAACAUUAUCAACAGAUACUCAUGUCAGUACGACAAGCGCUGACGAUUGUAAAGUCUCAAAGGAUUGCGAUUCAUCGUCCGAAAGUGAAGAGAAAUACUGUGAUGAAAUUUGUGGAAAAUCAUCGGAAAAUGAAGAAAGUGAUUGUGACAGAUCUAAGAAGUGCGACACAUCGUCAGAUAUUGAGAAUAAAGAUUGUGACAAAUCAACAAAUUGUGACAAAUCAUUAGAGAGUGAACAAAAAGAUUGUGAAAAAUCGAAAAAUUGUGAAAAGUCGUCAGAAAGUGAUGAAAAAAGUUGUCACAAAUCAGAGAAUUGUGACAGUUCAUCACAAAGCUUAGAAAAAAGUUGUGACAAAUCGAAAAAUUGUGAUAUGUCAGCAGAAAAUGAGGAUAAAAGUUGUGGCAAAUCGGAAAAUUGUGAAAAGUCAUCAGAUAUCGAUGAAAAAAGUUGCAACAAAUCGAGAGAUUGUGAGAAAUCAUCUGAGAGUGAAGAGAGAAAAUGUAGCAAAUCAAACAAUUGUGACAAGUCAUCAGAAAGCGUAGAAAGAAAUUGUGAUAAAUCAAGGAAUUGUGAUAAAUCAUCAGAGAGUGAAGAAAAAAGUUGUGACAAAUCAAAGAAUUGUGACAAAUCAUCUGAGAGUGUUGACACAAGUUGUAGCAUAGCGAAAAAUUGUGACAAGUCAUCAGAGAGCGAUGAAAAAAAUUGCGACAAAUCGUCGAAUUGUGAUAAAUCAUCAGAGAGUGAAGAAAAAAGUUGUGACAAAUCAAAGAAUUGUGACAAGUCAUCAGAGAGCGAUGAAAAAAGUUGUGACAAAUCGACGAAUUGUGAUAAAUCAUCAGAGAGUGAAGAAAAAAGUUGUGGCAAAUCGAAAAAUUGUGACAAGUCAGAGAGCGAUGAAAAAAGUUGCGACAAAUCGAGAGAUUGUGAGAAAUCAUCUGAAAGUGAAGAGAAAAGUUGUGGCAAAUCAAAGAAUUGUGACAAGUCAUCAGAAAGCGUAGAAACAAAUUGUGAUAAAUCAAGGAAUUGUGAUAAAUCAUCAGAGAGUGAAGAAAAAAGUUGUGACAAAUCAAAGAAUUGUGACAAGUCAUCAGAGAGCGAUGAAAAAAGUUGUGACAACUCGAGCAAUUGUGAUUCAACAUCAAAAAAUGCGGAUAAAGAAUGUAACAAAUCGUACGAAAGAGACUGUGACACAUCUGCCGUGAGCGCAGUAAGUAUUUACACUAAAUCUGAUUUGUUAUUGGAAACAACAACAUUUUCAUAUUCCCAUCAAUCUUUAGAUGUCGACACAACAAAAAAAGCAAUUACGCAAGGAACAGAAGAGCCACCAAACAGUUCGAAAAGUGCACAUGAAAAAACAUCAACAACCAAAUCAUUAGUUAUGGAUUCUACCUUAUUGUCACAAUCUACUACAACUAUUAAAAAUUUAGUCACAAAUAAAGAAAUAUUUACAACUGAUACCUCAUCCACUGUGAAUGCAGAAAGUAAUUCCGCUGUGACCACAAUGUCUUCAGUUGUAACAUCAACUAUAGAAUCAGAUAAUAUAGAUCUUAAUUCUGAAAUCUCAACAAGCCUGCCAAUGGAAACAGUAUCGAUUCUAUCGGAGGAUUUGCAUGUUGAUGUUGCCACAACAUCUUCUAACUCAAACCUUGUGACGUUAACAGACCACACUACUGACUCAAGUACAGAAUCUUCAAAGUUGCAGAGUAUUACUGAUUCAACCACGAAAGUAACUUGCGUAGAUGCAAAACCAUCCUUCUAUCCCUGCCAUCAAAGCUUCCAGCCUUCAAAUUGUUCGGAAUUAUUACAGAAUUGCUUAAAUAUGACACAUAUCAUUGAAUACAAAAGCAGCAGUGACAUUAACAAAUUUGUGAUUAAAUUUCGACAUGUGUCAAAGAAGGAUCAAACGUGA